GGAGCGCGCGCGGAGUGCGAGGCACUGACUGGCGGCUGCGAACUCAGACCGGCUACGCCGCCAGUAAGGUCGCAAGCGUGCAAUCAGCCUCUCGCGUGUUCGACGUUCGAAUCUCAACAACAAAACCACUUUUUUUUGGCGCGGAAUUCAUAGCGAUGGCAGCCACAGAAGAAUUGAGCGACAUCCUCUCCAGGAGACAAGAAAUCAAUGAUAAGCUGGAAGAAGGUCUGGAAAUCAAACCAAAAUACAAAUUCGUGAACGUUUACACGGAAUUUCACGAGUUCUCCAGGAAGGAAAUAAAACAAUAUGAGCAGACCUUCAACAAGUUCGACGAAGGACACGACGGUUACCUGGAUCUGAGCGAGGUGAAGCGCAUGAUGGAACGACUGGGCGCGCCGCAGACUCACCUGGGCCUUAAAGCCAUGAUCACAGAGGUCGACGAGGACAUGGACAACCGGAUCAGCUUUAGGGAGUUCCUACUUAUUUAUAGAAAAGCCCGUGCGGGAGAACUAGAGGUAGACUCCGGUUUGGGCGCACUGGCCAGAUUGACAGAAAUCAAUGUGGAUGAGGUUGGAGUUAACGGAGCUAAGAACUUUUUUGAAGCUAAGAUUGAAGAACUCGCCAGAACAAACAAAUUCCAUGACGAAAUCAUUCAAGAACAAGAGGAAAAACGGAGGGACGCCGAAGAAAAAGCGUUGAGGAGGCAGAGAUUCAAAGAAAAGGCCGCCCUAUUUCAACAGUGAUAAAAUUUUGUAUUACUUGUUGCAUGUCUAAUUGUCUAGUCUAUAAGCUGUUACCAUGGCUUUGAAGAAAUAGGUUAUUACUUUUAAAGAAAACUGUGGAAGAGUCGUUUUCUUAUUAACAAUUGAGAAGAUAGAUCUAUUUUGAAGUUACUAUGUAUUGAUGUUGUAAGUUAUGAUUUAUUUUUAUAUAGUUUAAGUGUAAAGAAAUAACAGAUAUACAAUACAAAAUGCAAAAAAAUGGCUUAUGGCAUAGAGUUAGCCUGUACAGCUGGGCUUUUCAUUAAAUAUUGUAUAGCUCUUUAUUAAUGUGACAGAACUUAAUUGGUAUUUAAUAUUUGCUUGUAAGUUGUACCAAAUUUAAUUUUAAAUAUUGAUUUUGCUAUUGAAAGAGAUAUUAAACAUGUAAAGUUGCUAAAAAUUUUAUAUUAUAAAUCAGAUAUUAUGUAAACUAACAUAAUUUAAUGC